GCCAGGCUAUAAAGUGGGGGCCUCGCGGCGCCCCGAAACACAAGCCCGCUCACUCCAACAAGAAGCAGCAGCUGCCCAGACUUGAGCCCACCACCGCGAUGUCUGAGACCACGAAACCCGCUGCUCCCGGACAGGCUGCAGAGGAGAAGGAGAAGGCAGUUCCUGCGCCAACUCCAUCCCUCGAUCCUGCUCCUGUCGCAAACAGCAAGGGCGAGGAGCCCUCCCCGGAAGCCUUCAGGAUCGUCGUCUUUGACCAGGAGAACUUCCAGGGCAGGCAGAUGGAGUUCACCGCUGAGUGCCUGAACCUGAGCGACCGCGGCUUCGACCGGGUGCGCAGCGUCAUUGUCAUCUCUGGACCCUGGGUGGCCUACGAGCAGGCCAACAUGCGUGGGGAGAUGUUCAUCCUGGAGAAGGGAGAGUACCCUCGCUGGGACACCUGGUCCAGCAGCUACCGGAGCGACUGCUUCAUGUCCAUGCGUCCCAUCAAAAUGGUGAGUCCUUGGGAGCAGGAAGCACCUGCUGGGGUCUGCCCAGGGCUGGACUGUGCCGCUUGGUGCCUUGCUGCAGCAGCUCCAGGGCUUCAGCCAUGCGAGCUGGCACCUUCCCUCUGUCUUCCCCAGGAGGCUGAGGACCACAAAAUCUCCCUCUACGAGUCUGCUGACUUCAAGGGCAACAAGAUGGAAAUCCAGGAGGAUGAUGUGCCCAGCCUCUGGGCUUAUGGUUUCUGCGACCGUGUGGGCAGCGUGCAGGUGCCCAGUGGAACCUGGGUCGGGUACCAGUACCCUGGCUACAGAGGAUACCAGUACCUCUUUGAGACCGGAGACUUCCGACACUGGAACGAGUGGUCUGCCUUCCAGCCCCAGAUCCAGUCCAUCCGCCGCAUCCGGGACAUGCAGUGGGACCAGAAGGGCACCUUUGUCACCCCCGACGCGCCCUCUGACUGAGCGUGCCGCCUGCUAGCUACGAGUCCCGGGCCCCGUGGGGCACCCCCGCCUCCCCUCGUGCUCGCCUGCCCAGCACUUUCCUUGUACAUUGCACAUUCCCUGGAUGUACUCUACCUUGUGAGGCAAA